CAACGAAAGUCUAGUUCAGAGCUUGUCAAACUGCUUUAGAAUGAAAUGGAUUUGCAACAAAGGCUUGGUCUUCGACCAACCGCAACAAAUGUCAGUGACAGUGCCACAACCACCAAUACAACAACGACGGCAGCAGCAGCAACAACAAAAACCACAUUGUCAGCAACACCACAAAGCGAAUACAAUAGCAACACCGACACCAACACCAGUGCGGGGAAUAUUGAAAGAAUGUAUGAUUCCUUUUGUUGGCGAGGUUUCAGUCCAGGUACCACAGACGAGAACAAAAAUGAAAAAGUUCUGCCCCACGUUUGGUGUGAAGAAGCCCAAAACCAAAUCACCGAAACUACAGCGUACCCCACCCACGAUAACAUCGACGAAUGGAUGUCAGGGGAAGGGGGUUCAAAAUCGAAAUUGUUUCACACAUUCCGUUGUAUACUCGAAACUUCCACAACUGCAGCAACGCCAUCGACAUCGCCCACAACACCAACAACAACUCAUUACAGCUGCCUUAAUACAAUACCGGUGUUAUCCAGCAAACACCACAUUGAAAUGCCACAGGAAUCAAAUCAGUUGUCUCCUUCCCUCGUCCCCAACCCUGCCCCAUCGCCGUCAUCAUCAUCUAUGUCGUCAUCUUCGUCCUCAUCGACAGCGGAGUUCGUGCAAAAAUGUGUGGAACGUUUGAAAGUAAUUGUCGAUGAUUUGCAACAACCACUUCAAGAAUUCCAAAUGUCCUUUAAGUAUCCACCACAUCCACAAGGACACCAUUCACAUCAUCGUCUUCAUCAUAUGAUGAACAUGGAUGAAACUAUGACAACAACUAGUAUUACAACAACAAUAACCACACCAGCAAGUAUUAAUGAAAAUUACAAUGAUACAGUGAUGCUCAGUGAUUCUACCCGCCUCUGUCCCCAGUACACAAUGUUCUGUGACAAGACCCCUGUUUCUGUUUUCUCAACGGUCUCCCCCUCCACGCCUGCAACGCUAAGCAAUAAUGUUCGAUGUUUUGUAUUUCAAAACUUGCCCGAAAUGGCAAAAGCAUCAUUCGAAUCUUUACAUGACAGCCUGCCAGCGUGGAGCGAACAGUCUUCGUCGCAAACAUUUCUCAAUGCUAGCAGUUGGGCUCAUGGAACGGCGACAACAACAAACACCACCAGCACCACCACAUGGAACGAUGAUUUAUGGCCUUGGAGUCUGUCGUUGCUCAAUUCAACACUGGCUGUGAACUCAUCGUUGACAACAUUUCCCGAUAGCAUCAACGGUUCGGAUUGGCAUGGUGAUCUGAUUAGUAGUGCAACGCCACCGGUAAAAGGUUUCGAUUGGGGAUUUCUGUUUGUCCUCUUUUUUAUAUUUGCCGGUGGUUUGGGUAAUAUUUUGGUGUGUCUGGCUGUCGCCUUGGAUCGUCGCUUGCAGAAUGUUACCAAUUAUUUUCUAUUUUCAUUGGCGGUGGCUGAUCUGCUGGUUAGCUUGUUUGUGAUGCCGCUGGGCGCGAUACCAGCUUUUUUGGGCUAUUGGCCAUUGGGUUUUACGUGGUGCAACAUUUACGUUACAUGCGACGUAAUGGCCUGCUCGUCCAGCAUCUUGCACAUGUGUUUCAUAUCUCUGGGUCGUUACCUGGGCAUACGAAAUCCAUUGGGCUCACGGCAUCGUUCAACGAAACGUUUGGCCGGCAUGAAAAUUGCCAUAGUUUGGCUAAUGGCCAUGCUUGUUUCCAGUUCCAUCACCGUAUUGGGUCUAGUCAACGAAAAGAAUAUCAUGCCACAGCCGAAUAUUUGCGUUAUAAACAAUCGAGCGUUUUUUGUGUUCGGCUCGCUGGUGGCAUUCUACAUACCCAUGGUCAUGAUGGUAAUCACGUACGCCCUGACCAUUCCAUUGUUACGGAAGAAGGCUCGAUUUGCUGCCGAACAUCCGGAAAGCGAAUUAUUUCGUCGCUUGGGCGGUCGUUUUACAAUACGACCACAACAUUCACAGCAGCAAAUUCAAAUGCACAGUAGUUUCAGCAACAACUCCAGUUUCAGUAAAUAUUGCUUUGGCGGGAGUGCAACGGGCAGCGGCGACACGAAUCGUAACUUUAGUCACGACUACGAAAAGCAAUCCACAGCUCAUCGCAGCAAUUCAUCAACGAAUUUCACCAAUGGUAAUAAUGGCAGCAAUUGUGGUGGUAUUGGUGGUGGCGGCGGCCCUCUGACGACUUCGGGCCACAGCACAACGACGACCAACACCUGUCGUACAAGUUUUCGUAGUGGAAUUUUGCGUCAUUCAUCAUCGUCAUCUUUACGCAGUAAACCGAGCAACUUUAAAGUGAUGGUUGGCAGCGGCAACAGUUACUCUAACAAUGAUAAACGACGCAUAUCUGUGCAUAGCCAUCAAACGGCAUCGUCGACGACGGGACACCAGGACACUGGCAACUAUUGGCGUUCAUCGCAUGCUGGUAAUGCGAAUCUAAUGGAUAGCCAUCCCAACCGACGUUCCUCGGUGCGCAUUACCAGUGCCAACAACAAAUCCCAGUUGGAAUUCUUCGGUGCCAAAGGCAAUGGCAAGGGGACACUUGCCACAACGAUGCAACCGUUGCGUUUUUCAUUGCGUCGUAAUCGUCGCGACGAUGUUAUGGAUCACGGCGAAGGAAUGGGUAUUGCAACAAUUGGUAUGCCCAACCACUAUCAUCAUCACCAACACCAGCAACAACAUCAGCAUCAUUUCAACGGAACCUGUGAACAGGGAACCCAAACGCCAACUUCAAUUAGCCGUGAAACACGGCGAAAUCGAAGACUGAAAGUAUUUCGUUUUAAUUUCAAUAAAGUUGCAACGCCCGCAAUAAAUUUACGCUUCCUCAACAAUCGCAAUAAACGCAACAGUCUCUCAGCCAAUGCCGUUGCCACCGAACAAAAAGCUACCAAAGUCCUGGGUUUGGUAUUCUUCACGUUCGUUUUGUGCUGGUCACCAUUCUUCAUACUGAAUAUAAUAUUUGCCGCCUGUCCCGAGUGUGAAGUACCCGAACACGUGGUCAACACCUGCCUAUGGCUGGGCUAUGUAUCCUCAACCAUUAACCCCAUUAUAUAUACAAUAUUCAAUCGUACGUUCCGAGCAGCAUUUAUACGUUUACUCAAGUGUAACUGUGAAAGGUAA